AUGUCGGAAUCCAAGGACAAGUCCGCCAACCCUAUGCGCGAGCUGCGCAUCCAGAAGCUCGUGCUCAACAUCUCCGUCGGCGAGUCUGGUGACAGACUUACUCGCGCUGCUAAGGUGCUCGAGCAGCUGAGCGGUCAGACUCCGGUCUACAGCAAGGCCCGUUACACCGUCCGUACCUUCGGUAUCCGUCGUAACGAGAAGAUCUCCGUCCACGUUACCGUCCGUGGCCCCAAGGCCGAGGAGAUCCUUGAGCGUGGUCUUAAGGUCAAGGAGUACGAGCUCCGCAAGCGCAACUUCUCUGAGACCGGUAACUUCGGUUUCGGUAUCUCCGAGCACAUCGAUCUGGGUAUCAAGUACGACCCCGGUAUCGGUAUCUACGGCAUGGACUUCUACUGCUGCAUGACCCGCCCUGGUGAGCGUGUCGCCAAGCGCCGCCGCUGCAAGGCCCGUAUCGGCUCCCAGCACCGUAUCACCCAGAACGAGACCAUCAAGUGGUUCAAGAACCGCUUCGACGGUAUCGUCCGGUAA